AUGGUCAGCUCCACGGCUCUCCUCCUUGUGGCCACCUGCUGCUGCUCAUACCUGUGGCUGGUGCGCACUGAAGAGUCGUCUCUGGAAACACGCUCCUUGGACUACACCAUAAAAGCCCAACAGGAGAAAGACCUGAUUGAUGCUCUGCAAGAAGUUUUGGAGAAGCUGCGAAGCAAAGAAAUGCCAUCGGAGAAAAAGCUUGGUUGGCUGCCAUCAUGUGACGCAGGGGAGCCGUGCGCCGUGCGUAAAGGCGCGAGGAUUGGCACAUUGUGCAGCUGCCCGCGGGGGACUGCCUUCACCCGCUUCAACAUGGCGUCGGGCCGGCUGCUGCUGCUGAAGCCGGAGGAAAGGGAGGUCCGGGGGGAGGAAAUCGCACAGCUCGACUUUUGCCAUCACAAACACUCGCUCCUGAUCGUGGUGGGGCGAGCGGGGGAGCUGCAGGAGCGCAUCGGCCAAGACAUUGGGCGAGGUCUUCGCUCCUGGGACAUAGACCUAAAAAGCUGUAACCUGAAUCUCCAUCUGCAGGAGUUCUUGUCCCACCACACGGCUUCGUUCAAGGGCGCUGGGCACAAGUGUCUUCGCCACAGCAGCAAAUCUUUGGACAUCCAGGUUUUGAUCAGUCCCACCCAAGAGCAGGUUCAUGGAGAGGUGUCCUCGCUGCUGUCCCAAGACUCGGCUCAAAAACUCCUGAUUUUGGCCGGUCAGAGUUUGGAAGACACUGGAGAUCUGCUGUUCCACCAGGGCCUGUUCUCUGCCCACCAGCUCAAGCACCUCCUGCAGCAACAGUUCUUUGGUCACGAAGGCUCCUUUUCCAACCUCCGCCUGACUCUGAGCUGCCCCAACAUUGGACACUGGCGGCAGACUUUGGUGGAACUACAGGGCCCAUACUCUCUCUUCAUCAAUCCCCCAGAGGUGCACCCCACCAUGGACGCUACGGGGGACUUCGGCGCCCUCGUAUCCAGCACCAUCCCUCCCAUCUCCACCUUUGAACUGCUGCCGCCGCCCUCCACCGUGGGCUUCCUCAAACUGUCCCGCCCCUGCUGCUACGUCUUCCCGGCAGGACGGGGGGACUGUGCCUUCUUUGCGGUAAACGGGUUCACGAUUCUAGUGGAUGGGGGGUCCGAGACGCAGGCGUGCUUUUGGAAGCUGGUGCGUCACUUGGAUCGUGUGGAUGCGCUUCUGUUAACGCACGUCGGGACGGAGAACCUCCCCGGGGUCAACGCGUUCCUCCAAAGAAAAGUGUGCGAGCUGGAGCUAGGGACAGAUGUGAAAGAGGACUCAUCCAAGAGGCUCAUCUCCCCAGAGCUCGGCGUUGUAUUCUUUAACGCCCCCAACAGGCUACAGCAAGACUUGCACAUUGUGGACAAUGUACUGAAGAGCACAGAGCAGGGUGCUUUGACUGUACGGCUACUGAAGAAGCUGGAAAUCAAACCACACCCAAUGCCUACAGUCAGCCCCGAAGAAGCAACUGUAGAGAACGCAUCACCAGAAUCUAGACCGAAUAGUGCCGGACAUACCCCUUACUGUCUGUCUCCUGAUGACGUCUGGGGCAAUCGGCCAGCGCUGAGCCGAAUACAAAUGGGAGACUCCAACGAUGGUGGUGAAGUGGGGAAUGAUUUGUCAAAAGAGCAAAAUGAAAGGCCCAAAAGUAACAAAGAGAAGCAUUUAAGUUUUCUAACACUGGGGACAUUGAAAGAGGUGCCGUCGGAUCCUUCUCCGUCUCUAACUACUACGACAACUACGCACUCGAUGCCUGCAGAAGUCAGCUCGCCUCAGUCUACGGAAGUUGACGAAUCGUUGUCCAUGUCGUUCGAGCAAGGCCUGAGCCAGAGAGACGGAGACGAUUCAGUAACGCAUCAUUCAAACUCAAACGGAGGCCAUUUUGCGGGUUUACCCUUACAGAUGAAGAAGCCGCCGCGACCUUCAGGCUCAGAAAUGUCCCGUACGACAAAUUCACUCCACCUAGAAACAUCGCCCCAUGAUGUCGACUUGUGUUUGGUAUCGCCUUGCGAGUUUAAACAUUUCAAAGCAGCAGACUCUGCCUCUAAUAGUGAUCCACCCAAAGGGGGCAGCUCUCUUCAUAGCAACAAUAAUAACCAGAAAGACGCCUCGCCGAGUGAAUCCAACGCACCAGUGGGAACAGAGGACUGCCCCUCGACGACAGCCGACGGCGUUCUGGAUUCGGAUGAUGACGAUUCUUGUAGCGAGCCGUCAAACUCACCGCGUGACAUUCGGCUGGGACAGUCCCUUCCACCAGACCCUGUGCCCGCCCCAUUGAGAGAUGGUCCACCUCUGCCUCCCGUCCCUGACACCACAAUGCCCAUCCCACAGUCUGAAUUGGACGCCCAGGCCAAGAGAACGAAAGCAGGAACUGGGAAGGCUAAAAAGUCAGCGCUGAUGGAAGGUUUGCAGAAGUCCAGUUCAGGAAAAAGACAAAACCAAAGUGGAGCAAAAGGGUCGAAGGAGAAUUUAUCCUCAGCUCAGACCUCAUCCUCCAGCCCGAAAACAACACCCAAGUCUUCCCCCAGUCCAGUUCCAAAGCCGGCCUCUGGGGGGGAUGUGAGUGUGUAUGUGGACCUGGCUUAUAUCCCAUCUGGACCAUCUGUUCCCACGGUGACUGUGGACUUCUUCAGAUGUGUCCGCUCUUCCUGCUACAUCGUCAGCGGCAACGCCCCGGAGAGGGAGGAGCUUAUGAGGCAAACGCUUGAUGCUUUACUGGAUGGAAAAAGCUCCUGGUCUGAUCCUAUGCAGGUGACAGUGAUACCCACCUUUGAGUCAGGAGCCAUGCAGGAGUGGUACCAGCAGACUCUGGAUCGACAAAGGGACCUGAACGUCACUGUCCUGGGUUCAAACAGCACGGUGGCAAUGCAGGACGAGACCUUUCCUGCAUGCAAGAUCGAAUUCUGA